UUUUCCAAAAUGGCGGACGUAAUGGAGAUGAGCACUUGGUCUGGUGAAUGGGGCCUUCCUUCCAUAAACGUUGCUUGUUUGGAAGUCAUAGCAUAUGCUAAGUUUUCUGGUUGUCCUAUUAAGGUUAACAAACACAACAAUCCAUGGAAAUCUCCAACAUGGCAGCUUCCGGUGUUCAGAUCAGGGGACAAGAUUUUGACGUCAUCACAGAAGAUCAUGGACUUUCUGAGAGAACAGAAUUUCAAUGCAGAUUAUCAGCUUACAGCAAAGCAAGGAGCAGAUACAUUGGCAUUCAUGGCUUUAAUUGAAGACAAAUUCUAUCCAGCAUUGCAAUAUUGGUUUUGGGGAGAUGGCAGUAAUUAUUCAGAGUUCACAAGAGCUCUCUACGCCAAGAGGCUUCCAAUACCAUUAAGUUUUAUUAUUCCUGGUCAAAUGGCGAAAGUGGGAAAAUAUGUUGCUACAAAGAGUCUUGAGAUUGAAGAGGAGAAUGAAACAGCUUUUGAAAACAAGAUAUUCAAUGAUGCUUUACAGUGUCUACAAAAUUUAUCCAUUCAAUUGGGUGACAAGCCAUUCUUCUUUGGUGAAAGCCCAACCACUCUAGAUGCUGUGGUGUUUGCUCAUAUUGCUAUUGUAUGGAGAGCACCACCAUUACCAAACAAUAAGCUAAAGCUCCACCUUAGUGGCUUCGAAAACCUUAUUGCAUUUUGCAGCAGAAUAUUGCAAAGAUAUUUUCCCUACAACCCAGAAGAUCCUCCACCAGAGACCAAACCCAAACCCACUGCUACAACACUAGAUGAAGACCCUUAUCAGAGACGUAAAAUGUGGCUAUCUGUUGGUCUUGCAGCUCUGGCAAUGACAGGCUAUGCCCUAUUUAGUGGGCUUGUUCAAUUCAAUAUAACAACUGAGGAUGAGUUUGUGGACAAAAGGAACGAAGAACUAAAAGAUUUUCCUAAUGGUCACUUUAAUGAGGAAUAUGAGAAUGAAGAAGAAUAAAUGAUUAGGAAAUAUUUGGAUAAAACGUUUGGACCUUAAGAAGGCUAUGUUAGGUCCUGGCUCUUUGUAACAUUGUAUAUAAAAAAUAAAUUUACUUCUACCAUUUGGAAAUGAAGCAAA